UGGAUUCAGAGAUCAAACUGAGAAGAGCCAUCGAAGACUCCCAGUGCCUGGAAUCUCCUCCCAACCCUCCCACCCUAGGAGGCCCCCGAGCCAGGAUAGGAGUGGGAGGGGAGGGGUCCCAGUGCCCACUCUGGCACCGCUGAGCAUCCAGGAGGAAAGGAGCAACAGUUGGCCAGCAGACCUGCGGUGGGGGGCAGAAAUAGCUUCUCCCCCCGAGGGGAGCGGCCCCAGGCCUGAGACGGGCUACAACACUGAUCAGCAACCAGAAGAUGCCGGUCCCACGGCUGCUGCUGCUCUUCUCCUUGGUCCUCGGCAGCAGGCCCUGGGUGCUCUCUCUGGAGAAGCUGUCAGGGGCCCACGACGAUGCCCGAUGCUCUCAGGGUCUUUCCUGUCACCUUUGGGAAGAUGUGCUCUGCCUGCUCGAACCCACCAAAGACCCUGUGCUGGUGCCCACAAAACUACAGACAGAGGUGGUCCUUCAGUGCAGGGGAGAGAGGAACUGUGUCCCCUGUGUGCGGGUGACCCUCCACCUGACAGUGCAGGAACCUAGGAAGGAGGAUCCUGAUGAGGUCUGGCUCCGGGAAGAUGCUGAACUAACUUCUCACCCUUGGCCUAGGAAUGAAUCUCUCCAGGCAAAAGUCAUCCUUUCCUUCCAGGCAUACCUCUCUGACCGAUGUGUCUUAGUGAAGAUAGAGGUGCCUGCCGCCAUGGUACAACCAGGUCAAAAUGUGGGCUCAUUGGUAUUUGACUGCUUUAAGGCGCCAGUAGGGGAGGAAGUACGGAUCUAUACUGAGCCUCCCUAUGAAAAAGAACUCAGUCAUAUACAACAAGUGCCAGAUUGUGUCAAGCCAGAAUUGCAGAACAGCGUCCCGAGCUGCUUUGUGCUGCCCUGGUUCAAUAUCUCCAAUGAAGGGGAUGAUAUACAGCUGGUGAUGGACAUCUCCACAGAGCAAAACUAUUUCCUUUCUCUCUACUGGAAUCAGAGCGGGAAUCGUAAAACAAGGUUUCUUCAAGUCCUGACAGGACCACAGAAUAUCACCCUGAACCAAACGGAUCUUGUCCCUUGCCUCUGUAUCGAGAUGUGGAUAAAGGAAGAGGAAGAUGCCAUCAGAAACUACCUUUGCCCAUUCAAGGAGGACCCCAGAGCCCACAAGAACCUGUGGAAUCAGACCAAACUGAAGCUGAAGUUCUUGGGGACAAGAAGCCUGAGCUGGAUGGUGGAGGCGCCCUGCUCCUUGUCUGCCGAGAUCAUUCUCUGUUGGAAGCCAGUGGAUAGUGAGCUCUGCUACCCGCUGCCUGUGCCCCUACCUCAGAAGAAUGUCACUCUGAAUAAAUUCCAGGACCUCCCUCUGCUGACUCUCCAUCCUAAUGUCUGUGUUCAGGUAUGGAGUGGGGAAAAGCUCCAGAUUCAGGAAUGCCCACAGGAGAAUAUUCUGGGUCCUCUAAGGGAUGACAUGCUACUGCUGGAGACUUGGGGCCCUCUGCAGAACCACUCUUUCUGUGCCAUGGAGACCAGUGGGUGCACCCCACUGCCAAGCAUGGCCCAUACAAGAGCAGCCUUCUUUGGAAAACAGCUUCUUCAAGACUUGCAAUCCGGUCAGUGCAUGCAGUUGUGGAAUGACACAGGGAUCUUGUGGGCUUGCUCUCUUCAAAAGUACACUCAUGAGCGUUGGGUCCUGGUUUGGCUGGCUUUCCUAGUCCUGGCUGCUUGCAUCCUGUUCCUCUUCCUGCUCCAUAAAGAUGAUAUGAAAGGGUGGCUGCAAUUCUUGAAGAACGAUUACCGCUAUGGGGGGGCCGCGCGGGCCCGUAGAGCCCUGCUCCUCUACUCUCCGGACCAUGCCAGCUUCGAACGCCUCGUGGGCACCCUGGCCACAGCCCUUGGGCAACUGCCGCUCUCAGUGGCGGUGGACCUGUGGCACCGGAGGGAGUUAAGUGCUCUGGGCCCCCUGGCCUGGUUUCACGCACAGCGUCGCCAAGCCCUGCAGGAAGGUGGGGUGGUCAUCCUGCUCUUCUCCCCCGGGGCCGUGGCGCUCUGCCAGGAGUGGCUCCAAGAGGCGCGCGCGCCGCAGGGACCAGCCCGCCCGGCCGACACCUUCGGGGCGUCUCUCAGCUGCGUGCUGCCGGACUUCCUGGAGGGCAGGGCGGACCGAGGCUACGUGGUAGCCUGCUUCGAGGAGCUGCUUCCCCGCCAGGGGAUCCCCGACCUCUUCCACGCAGUGCCAGUCUUCUCUUUGCCCUCCCAGAUGCCCGCCUUCCUGAGGGCACUAGUGGGGCCUGCCAAGGGGCAGCGGGACACUCUCAGCGCUCAGGCCGCGCGGGUGGCUCAGUACCUCCAGCCCGCCCUGGAGGAGUGCCUGCAGCGGGGGUCAUCGUCUGCUCUCUGACCCAGCCGGGGCCCCUCGCCCACUAGGCCCAAGGGCAGGAGCCAGAGCCAAGUCCUCCGCAGCCUCUGGAUGUGCAUCCACCUGGAGCAAAGGUCGCCUCUCCCCUGAAAAUCCCGCCCACCAGGACAUGUGGAUGUGGGGGAUGGACCCCGGCUUUGGGCCGUGCGGGGACAUCUGGGUGAAUAAAGAUAGACUUAUUUUUGUA